AUGGCUAGAGCCAAAGUGUUCGACUUUGAUCCGAAAAAACAGCUGAGGCCCUACAUGGAACCCAUGGUCCCACUCCCUGGUGUCUACGACCCAGAUUUAAUUGCUGCCAACCAAGCCGAACGUGCCAAUAACAUCAUCAAGGGGACCAAGAAAGAACAAGUUGAGCAAGUCAUCAAAGAUAUCAGGGAGUUCAAGGAGAAAAACAAGGUGGACAAGGUGAUUCCGUGGUUGUACUCUGCACUGCAAACACCGAGAGGUACAGUAAUGUGGCUCUGGGGCUUAAAGGACACAAUGGAGAACCUAUUGUGUUCUUUGGACAAGAAUGAAUCCGAGAUUUCUCCUUCCACUUUGUAUGCUAUAUCUUGUGUUCUUGAAAAUGUCCCCUUCAUCAAUGGAAGUCCCAAAACACCUUUGUUCCUGGAGCUAAGCGGCGGUUACAAAAGCAACAGUUGCACAAAAAGGGAGAAGUUUGGAAAACCGCCGGACUUAGUGGCGACAAGGUUGAGAAACGUUGAUGUUGAACAAAGUCGUUGUUUGGGGAUUCAGGCAAAGGAGAAUCUGACACGUCGGAAACAACCCCGGAUAGACCUUUCAUGCUUGUCGUCCUUUUCAUGGGGUUGCUUGAAGGUUUUCCGGGCUUCAUCGUGUUUGUUAAUAUUCACUUGA